AUGGCUACCACAGCUGAGCACGGAGACACUGACCGCACAUCCCACGAGUCAUCAGAUAAUGGCUGGCAGCUUGUUCAACCCGCGCGUCAACGUGGUCAUAAGCAACCACCGCAACCUCAACCUCAGCCUCAACGUGCGGCACAAUCACAAUCGCGGUCCUCACCUCGCAAAUGGCGAACAGUUGGUGCUGUACCAAAGCAACAGCAGAAGCGUGCCGUUCCCAAGCUCGUGAACGACUCCGACAAUGAUGCAGAAGCAUCGUGGCGUGCUCGACACCCAGCUACAGACACUAUCCGCAUUCCAGACGACCUUAUACUCAGCUCCGAGCGCCACCAUGAACGCAUUGCAAGACAGCAUGGCACAUAUCUCUCCUCUAAUGAACCUCGCAGUCAGACUCGGAGCCGCACCUUUGGGAUCUGGGGUGGCAAGGACGCUGUGGCCGCAACACGCUUAGCCAUCUGUCAGCUCAUUGAUGAUUUCGGUCUGGGCUCGACAAGGUCUGCCCGUUCAGCCAAAUUCGCGAAGCAGGUCUCGCUGACGCCCAAGCUACGAGAGCGUGCAGAAAAGCAGCAUCAACGAGAAGUUCUGCAACAGUGCUACCGACAGCAUCCGUUACCAGACGCGAAGUUCGGCGCCAUCGGCUCUUUUCUGUGGCCAGUCGCAGAGUAUCGCCCAGAAGCUGUCCUGGGUUCGAAUUAUGAGGCUUUGGACCCUAUACGCACAGUCCACUCCUGCUUCAUUGUCUAUCACCCAGGCCGGAAUACCUUACGCGUCAUGGGCAAGCCCACCGAGGUCGAGCUCGCUUUGCAUCGCCUGCGACAGACAUGCUUCCAAAUCACGGCCAAACAGAUCAGUCCGAUCCGUAAGUACUUCCUGCGGUGGCCGGGUCCAGUCAUCAACGUCCCUCAAUUUGUGUACCUUGAAGAUUAUCGACCCCCAGCAAUUCACAAGAUUGCAGAACAAGGCAAUCUCGACGAAGGCAGCGAGUCUGCCGUGCGCAAAACGCCAACGUGCGAUCAACACCAAAACAAUGAGGACCAUGAGCGCUAUGCCAAUCAGCAAACAUACAUAGGGUGGAUGAUGCUACGCAACGCUAUUUGCAAGCAGCUGAGUCGUUUACACUACUAUCGAGGCCAUCUGCAAAUGCGCUUCAGGCUCGGCACGAUGUUGCUCUCUCAAUACCGCGAGCCAGCCGAUGGUAUCUACGAACUCACAAGAGACUUUGAGCCAAUGCUGGAACAGUCACAAUAUACUGCUGAGGUGACACAAGAAUUGGGCGACAAAGACACGGAACGGCAAUUACUGGGCAUUCUACAGAGUACUGGCGACCUCUUGAUGCCGUCCGAAGCCAUGACCCAUGAUCUCAAGGACAUCAAGCCUGUCUAUGGAGCGACUUUCACGUUUGAAGAUCCUGCAGGGUACUACCGACUGGAGGUUGAGUGGCAGGAGACGAUCGACUAUCAGACAAGUGCGGCGAAUUAUGAGCAGACUUGCAAGAAGUGGGCACGCUUAGAGCGCGACAGCACCACGCCUUCUUCUAUUCUUGAUAUCAGCUUGUGCGAUCUCAACACUAGCUUGGCCUGGCAGUGUGAUAUUCUGGCUAGCACGCAAGUGAUCGAUGAGUGGAAGCUGCCGGAACAGCUGAGAAAGUUCUCAGGUACGAUCAGCGUUGAUCCAAAGCUGGCCGCAAUACAGGGUGGCCUUCGAACUUUCGCUCGCUUCAUGAGCUUGCCGAGCCUGUGUGCAGUCCAACAGCGGCGCAGCUACCGCUUCUUAAUCGCAGAGUCAGAUUUCACUCUCGAGCUCAACCACUUUCAGGAUCGCAUGAGAGAGCCUGGAACAGACAAGACAAUUCAGACGUACGAGCCACGCUGGAGUCUCAACUUGUAUCGCAGGGAGUGGGAUGUGAUGUUCACGGAGAACGAACGGUUGCCGAUCGGUGAGCAAGCUGACUGGCAGCAUGAUGUCAAGACGUGGUUUCCUGCGGAUCUAGGGCGAGGCAGUGAUCCAGUCGAUGAAGAUAACCCGGAUCAAGGGUGGUGGCAGCUAAUGCAGAAGUUUGAGAAGAUUGAUGGGCUGAUUUCGGAGGCGAGGGCGCUGGCUGAUGGGGGUGAGGAGGAUUUGCUUGGGUGA